UACGUGAACUAGCAACGCGUCGCAGGGCUUCGUUCCGGCAGAGGCAUAUAUCUGUCUCCUGUCUUGCUGUAAUCCACAUAUAGGAAGCUGCUGUUCCAAACUACACUUCCCUGUCGAUUCGCGAAUCUCGCUCCCAGGCCACUUAGCAGACCGUCUCACUUUCUUGGCCAUUUCUUCUUUGCGAAUCCUAGAUAGAACGCAACUAGAACCAUGUACCACCAAUACGGCGACCUUCCACAGAUCCCCUCUUUCCCAGAUGAUCACCAAUAUGGUGCCUGGACGCACGACCAUACUCUGGCGUACCGACAGCACCCAUUCCGAGUAGAGGAAGAUUUCGACUACAGCGGAGUUGAUGAUGGUGCGAUGGUGCGGUUGCAGACAAUGGAGCGCUUCCUCCUCGAUACCUCGCCUCUGACCCCUGGCCUUCUACAAGCCAAGUUCGACCGUAGCGUACCUCUUUCAAGCCAACAUCUCGGAACCUUCGAGCGGCAAUGGCCUGCACCAGAGCUUCGAUUCAAUUCUCCUGGUUUAUCGAGUCAGUCUGGGUACUCCAGCCACGCCACCGAGAACGAACUUCGCUCGCCUCAUCCAUUUCACUCCAUACCAUACGGCAGUUCAGAAGAGCUCUCGCAACCUACUAUCCCGUACCCAACGGCAGACCGCUUGAAUGAGCCAACAUAUUCUUCUGACCUCACACUCCCAGGUGGGAAUGUUAGUCUUCGCGACAUCGAGUACGAACAUCAGGACCCCGAGCCAACCACCGAAGAGAACGAUGCCGUGGACAUGAAGACAGAUAAUGGAUACGAACCGGAGCCUGUCUACGUGAAGACGGAUAGUGCACCCGAGAGCUACAAAAACUAUCCCGACUCUGGCGUUGGUACUUCUCUUCGAGAUGCUGAAUCGGUACAGCCAAUGGAGCCUAGCGAGGAAGAUUCCUCUGAUCAAGAGUAUACACCGAACAGACAAAGCAGACGCAGACAAUCGUCAGCUUCGAGCGGCUCGGGUCAGCGGAGCCAGCGACGCCGUAACCACGGUCGGAAGAGCUCGACAACGUCGACGCCUGCCCAAACCAACAGAGUCAGCAAGAGAGCAGGGAGAGGCAACGCCUCUCUCAGCGCGAGCAAAGCUUCUAGUGAGGUUCAAGCCAACGGGGAUGCGCAGCGACACUUCCCUUGUCCUCUCGCAAACUACGGCUGCCAAUCGACUUUCUCCUCCAAGAACGAAUGGAAGAGACACGUCAGCACUCAGCAUGUGAAGCUCGGCUUCUGGCGCUGCGAUCUCUGUGCCGAGACUGUCGACCCUCACGAUGAGCGGACUGUCUACCACAACGACUUCAACCGCAAGGAUCUCUUUACCCAACACCUCCGACGCAUGCACGCAGCGCCACCCAACCAGAGUGCUCGCAGCCAACGAGAGUAUCCCGUCACCGAAGAGAACAUUGGCGAGCACCAAUCGCGUUGCUACCAGAAGCUUCGCGACGCGCCCCCUCAGUCCCGUUGCCUUUUCUGUGAUGAAACUUUCAGCGGCCCAAGCUCGUGGGAGAACCGCAUUGAGCAUGUCGGUCGCCACCUAGAGAAGGACCGCAAAGCCGGUCUCAAGCUGCAGGGCAUUCCUGACUGGAAUGCAGACAAAACCCUCGAACAGUGGCUUAUUGCUGAGGGUCUCGUCGAAGUUGAUCGCAGCGGCGUGUGGAAGAUCGGAGACGGGAGGCGGAGGUGCACCGUCGAAGAGGAGUCAGAGGACGAUGCUUGAGAGGAUACGAUAUCACGACCACUGUACAUGGAUGGGACUACAAGGCACGGGACCAAAAGCACGGGUAAUGGGAAUAUUGGCGGGACUAUGGACACUUUACGAAUCUCCUUUGCUUCGGCUGGACU